GGGAGGGGGCGUGAACCUCCUCCCUCCCCUUGCUCUGCCCUCCCCCAGCUCUAGCGUCGGAAAUCUUCGGAGAGCUGGGGGAGGAGCGGACGCAUGGAUCUACGGGGGCGCAAAAAACCACCUCACACAGGACGUCUUGCAUCUUGCUGAGAGAGGUCGCUGUAAAAGAAACAGAGUGACCACACUUUCCCAUCAUGACUCAGUACGGUGCACCAAGAAAUCCUGUCAACUGGGUUUCCCACAUCACAGCAGCUGUGGUAUCCCAGCCAGCAGCAAGAGAUCCAGCUGUUGUCGAGCGGACGAAUUUGCUGAAUAUGGCUAAACUCAGUAUAAAAGGACUCAUUGAAUCAGCUCUGAGUUAUGGCCGGACUCUGGAUUCAGAUUACCCUCCUCUUCAGCAGUUCUUUGUUGUGAUGGAACACUGCCUCAAGCAUGGUCUUAAAGUGAGAAAAUCCUUCCUUAGCUUUAAUAGAACAAUAUGGGGUCCUCUGGAGAUGGUGGAGAAAAUAUGUCCUGAAGCAGAAGAUGUUGCAGCCAGUGUGAGGGAUUUACCAGGACUCAGGACCCCCCUUGGUCGAGCUAGAGCUUGGCUGCGGUUAUCGAUGAUGCAGAAGAAGCUAGCAGACUACCUGCGUUGCCUGAUCAUGCGCAGGGAUAUUUUAAGUGAGUUUUAUGAAAAUCAUGCGGUUAUGAUGGAAGAGGAAGGAACUGUUAUCGUCGGCCUUCUGGUUGGAUUGAAUGUAAUUGAUGCCAAUCUCUGUGUCAAAGGCGAAGACUUAGACUCACAAGUUGGAGUGAUUGAUUUCUCUAUAUAUCUAAAGUCAGAAGAAGAUGAUCGUAACAGAGAGGGAAGGGAUGUGCACAUUUCUGCAAUACUGGAUCAAAAGAACUAUGUUGAAGAACUUAACAGACAACUAAAUGGCACUGUGAGCACUCUCCACGUGCGAAUUGACACACUGGAGAAGUCAAAUGCAAAACUCAUUGAAGAGUUGGCUAUAGCUCAGAAUAAUAUAAUCAAACUUCAGGAAGAAAAUCAUCAGUUAAGGAAUGAGAACGCAAUGAUUUUCAUGAGAGCGCAACAUCUUGAGGCAGUCAAAGCUGAAAUUGAAGCUGAACAGAUGUACAGACAACAUUCAAGACAUGGAAUGGGUGAAAUCUUUACUGACAUAUGUACUCAUCACGAUGAAUCACAGCUGGCACAGGAAUCUGACACUGAUCUUGUGCCAAGGGUGCAACGUGAAAUUGAAUUUGCAGUAAACCUCUUGGAGAAAGAUAUUCAUGACAAGCAAGGUACUCUCAUUGGGCUUAAAGAACAGCUAAAAGAAGUGAAAGCAAUUACUUAUGAGAUGUAUCAGAAAAAGCAGAAUUCAGAAGAUGAUGGCAAAGAAAAAGAUGUGAAAGAAAGACUAGAAGGGAAAUCCAGUCAGAUUGCAUCUGCUAUGAAACCACAAGAACCAGGUGAUAAACAAGUUUUAACCAAGCCUAGAAAUAUUGACAUAUCCUACAUGAAAGACUCAGGAGUAGAAUCUGCUCCACAAUAUAAGCUUAUUAAAGAUAUAUCAUUCUAGCACUGCAUAUAGUGACGUCAAUAAGAAUUGAUAAAGAAACAUAUACUUUACUAUAUAAAUCAGUAAAAUGUAAGUAGAAUUUGUUUUUAUCUAUAUACAUUUGUAAUACAUUAAUAUACCUGUAACACAUGAAUGUUAGAGAUUUGUAUAUGUACACACCUAAAAAUUAUGAAUUACCUGGUAAUAACUAAUACAUAACAUUAAAGAGUAUUUUCAU